CUUCCUUUAUCUCUUCGGUCUUCUCCCCCAUCUCUUCCUCUCCCACGGUACAACAGGCGUGCGGGGGCCGGGGGCUAGGGCGAGCGCAGCGGCCUGGCUCGGAGCUGCGGCGGCGCGACUGCGGCCGCGGAAGCCGGGCGAGCUCGCAGGCAACAUUCAGUCGCAAGACAACGUACAAGAGUGCGAACGCCAAGAAAGCAUGGCACCCCCCGCCGCCGCCGCCCAUUGCCAAGACCUCCAUGGCUGCGAGCUGCCUCACGUCGCCGUCUUCCCGCUCAUGGCGAAAGGCCACACCAUCCCGCUCCUGGACCUCGCCUGCCUCCUCCGCCGCCGGGGGCUCGCCGCCGUCACGCUCCUCACCACCCCGGGCAACGCGGCCUUCGCCCGCACCGCGCUGGCCGACGGCGGCGCCGGGGACGCGGCUGUCAUCGAGCUCCCGUUCCCGGCCGGCCACGCGCCCGCGGGCGGGGAGAGCGCCGAGGGCGUCGCGGGAGCGUCCUCCUUCGCCGCGUUCGCGGAGGCCACAUCGCCGCUGCGCCCGCGGUUCGAGUACGCGCUCGCGGCCAUGCGCCCGCCACCGGGCCUCCUCGUCGCCGACGGGUUCCUGUACUGGGCGCACGCGUCGGCCGCCGCGCUCGGCGUCCCGAGCGUGUCGUUCCUGGGCACGUCCGCGUUCGCGCACGUCGUCAGGGAGGCGUGCGUGCGAGACAAGCCCGGAGCCUCGGCACAGGGUGACGACGCGUCCACCGGUACGUACACGGUGCCUGAGUUCCCCCACCUCCGGUUCUCGCUCGCCGACCUCGUCCCGCCGCCACUGCCGCUGAUGGAGCUGGAUGCCAAGAUGGCGGUGGCCGUCGCCGCUAGCCACGGCGUGAUCAUGAAUACCUUCCAUGACCUGGAGGGCCGCUACAUAGAGCAUUGGAACCGGCAGGUUGGACCCAGGGCCUGGCCUAUCGGCCCACUAUGCUUGGCCCGGCAAUCUACCUCUGUUGAUCAUGAUGCUCAUGCCAGCAGGCCCCCAUGGAUGCUCUGGUUGGACGAGAAGGCAGCUGCUGGGAGGGCUGUAUUGUACAUCUCGCUUGGGACACUGGCAGCCAUCCCUGAAGUGCAGCUGAGACAAGUGGCUGACGGGCUAGAUCGGGCUGGGGUGGACUUUCUAUGGGCUGUGCGGCCUAACAACGCCCACCUUGGCAUAGGGUUCGAGGAGCGUGUGGAAGGGAGGGGAAAGGUGGUGAGAGAGUGGGUGGACCAACGAGAAAUACUUGGCCACUCAUGUGUCCGAGGAUUUUUAAGCCACUGCGGGUGGAACUCGGUAUUAGAAAGUGUUGCUGCGGGUGUCCCUCUAGCGGCAUGGCCAGCUGAGUUUGAACAACCUAUGAACGCAAAGUUCAUCGUCGACGAGCUAGGAAUUGGUGUUAGGGUCCAUAGCAGUGAUGGAACCAUUGGAGGCUUGGUUAAGAGUAACGAGAUCACAAGGGUGGUGAGAGACUUGAUGUUCGGGGAGGAUGGAAUGUCGAUGGCAUCAAACGCGGCAAAGUUAGCAAGACAUGCUCAAGUAGCGGUGUCCGAAGGCGGCUCAUCGUGGAAAGCGAUUGAGGACAUGAUUAGAGAGCUAUGUGCGACGAGCAUGGCAAGAAAAUCAAUGGAUGGGUAAGUUGUACACGUGUUAUGGGGAAAAGAUUGCAUCCUGCCAUAGAAAACCAUUUAGGGACAAAUAAAAUUCUAUCAGUGGGUCUUGGAUGAUCUUUGCAUUAGUAAUUUCAUAUCUAAAACUAUACAUGUUGCAGCAUGUUAGUACUGCGGUGGGUCGAUUGACACUCAUUAUGUUUAAUGGAACUUAUUAUUUAAAUUUCUCUUUGUUGGGAUCCA